AUGUCAGAACUAGCUGAGUUAGAUCCUAACUUUGUGAUCAAUGCCCCAGCCGAGCGACGGGCGCUGGAGAAGCUGAUGGAGCGGCUGGACAAGCUUGGGGUGGCGUCCCGGGUUCGGCCGGGGACCAGCAGCAACAGCGUGUACGUGUUUGUGCGGGACAGCAGCGGGCAGUUGGUACCGGAGCUGAAGGGGAUGGCGGUGGAAGAGAUCAUUCCAUUGUAUGGAGGGGAGCAGCGGAAACGGCUCGAGCACCUUGCGAAGGAGAUGAUGUAUCGGCGCUUAUUUCCGUCCACCGGGGACUUGACGGAGCUCGCUACACUGACGCGGAACCCGGAGAUGGCUCUUUACUUUGCGUUCCAAAAAACGUACACCCUGUGGCUUUUGCCUCUGGCUGCGGUCGGGGCUGCGUUCCGGUUCUUCGCGAAGGCGACGCCAUGGGAGUUCAAUAUGUUUUACGCAAUUGCACUGCUGGUAUGGGGUAUGGCCUUCGCCACGUUUUGGAACCACAGUACGGAGCGUUGGUACUCAGAAAAGCUAGGGUUCAAAAACAUUGUUCCUCUGAGUGAACCGAAGUCGGUUGUCAUGAAGAAGUUAUGUUUCACCCCAAUUGCCAUUACCUUCAUGGUGUGUAUGGUUUGCUUUCAAUUUGUCUGCUUUAUGCUGGAGAUCUACAUCACUCAGAUAUACAAUGGUCCGCUCGGAUUUUUGCUGGCCUUGAUACCCACUGUCUUAUUGUCGGCCUACGUUCCGGUUCUGACGGCCGUCUACAACGUUUUUGUCAACAAAUUGGUUAAAUGGGAGAACGCUGCGAACCCUGAGCGUUCGAGAGUAGAAAAGAACUAUGCCCUUUCGUUUUUGACGAGCUACGUUCCACUGUUGAUAACGUUGUUUGUAUACUUGCCCAUGGGACACAUGCUGAAUCCGCAGAUGAAUCUAAUUGCCAAAUACUCACAACGUUACGGCAUUCCAGUAAUUGGUAGACAUUUUAUGAUCAACACGGAACGUUACAGGACACAGUUUUUCUACUUCACCGUUACAAACCAACUCGUGGCUAUGGCUGUCGACAAUAUUCUGCCAAUUGUAAUGGGAGUAAUCCUUCCGCGCAUCAAGGGACAUACAAAGUCGGAUUCCGAGCUUAACAGAGCGCGUGCUCUGACGGCAGAGCAGUAUCCUAAAGAUAUCGAAUUGGUGGAGCAUGUCAGGACAUGCAUGCUUGGGCCAUGGGGUCCCUUCAAGCUCCAUGACAACGUUUCGAAGUUGGUGAUCCAGUUUGGCUAUGUCGUGAUGUUUUCGACCAUAUGGCCAUUGGCUCCUCUAAUAUGUGUUAUAUUUAACAUUGUCAUUUCCAAGUUUGAUAUAUGGCGCGCUUUAAAGAAACACACACCUUCUUCGAACCCGAACACUUACAAGUCCAAAAACCUUGGUCUUGCAUUAACCUCCCUUUCUCCUUGGAACCCCAUCCUUGAAUUUACAGUGUGGGUCGCUUCUGUUGUAUCUCCAGCCUUAAUUAUAAUGUACAGACACUCCAAUCUUCCAGGAUUUGCAAGACCGCUUGAGAAACAUAGUACCUGGUUCAUCCAUUCGCCUAUUCGCUAUGACUGGAAGUUAAUUUUCAUUUAUGUUGCGGUAGCAGAGCACCUGGGAUUGUUGCUACAUUUUGUCUUAUCGAAGAUAGCUGGUGCCCCUGCUUCCAAUGAUUCUGAUGUUAGCCCCAGUUUGCUAAAGCGAGAGCUAGCUACGGCGAACAAACAUUUUGACAAUUCAGCAGCUAUCCCCGAGGCAGAAGAUAUUACUCAAAGAAUCAAAUCUAACUAUACGACCAAGAGAGAAAUAUCUCAAGAAUAUGCUACAAGGGCCUCUGGAGUUGAUGAUACGAGGACUUCUGUCCGCAAUUUUGAAGAAGAACAAGCCCCACGCAUUGUGACUACCACUGAACAUAAUAUUUCUCACAGAAAACAGGCGAUGCCGGCUGCCAUAGCUCAAGUUGCGCCAAAAACAGCUGCUCCAGUACAUGAGCGGUCCACAUUUGACAGAAAGCCAUCCUGUAGCAGCUUAGGCUCAUCGGGUUCGUUGUAUUCAUCCGUUGCUGGCGCUACCCUUCCUCAUAAGAUUCCUACAUCCAAGAAUUACGAUGAAAGGCAAGGGUAUCCGACUCCUACUCAGUCUAAUAGUAUGACCUCCACCAAGAUAUCCAUAGGUAAUGGCGAUCACAGUCACAGUGCUCAUUCCAGAAAUGGUGGUGCUAUACCGGGUUCUGCAUAUACGCAACAACCAACUAUAGUAACGAAUGGAAGUGGUGAACACUAUGAAGGUAACGGUAUUUCUACACGCGUCCCUCAGACAGUUAUUGUUAGUGAAACACAAAAUGGUAAUGGGAAUGGAGGUAGCCGUCAUUAUCCAGCCCAGGAAAUAGUUAUUGAUCGCAUUAUCGUUGCAGCUCCAGAGGACCUUGAAGCCAGUAACGUAGUGGUUGCACCACCUAAUGACACGCAGUUUGUCAACGACAAGGCGUUGGAACUCCCCGUAUUGAAGGCACCGCCCCCACCUGAGGAAGAUGACUACAUCAUUGCCCCUCACUUAAAAACACCUCCAGGCGAUAUGAGAAGUGCUUCACUUCCGUCUAGUAAGCAAUCAGUCGUUCAAAGGAGAAAAUCAAGUUCGAGAAAAACGCUCUCAAUACUAAUGAGAGCUACGACCGGGAAAGAUGGUUCUUCUUCUGAGCAUAAACACAAACACAAAGUGAAAAAUACCUUGAAUUUGCUGAAAAAGAGAUUUGAUUGA